GUUCACACCUUACAACGGGACCAGAGUCACUGAAGAGGAUUCUGUUCUGGAUAUCAGUUUCUGCUGAAAGUAAAGUAUUUCUGUCACGAAUCACAACCUGGUAUCAGGGAGGAUGGAUAAUGCUCAGCCGGAGAGGGACAGUGGAGGAGAUCGUCACUUGGUGGAAUCUGUUUCCUACAAGACGCUGACUGUCAAAAUAUUGCGUGCGGAAAAUCAACGGCAUUUCAGCAACUUGAUUUAUCGUGGCUGCUUCGUCACCGUGUCUCUGCCUACAGCGUCAACAAAAACCUUCCGCACAAAGACUGUGUACAACUUUAAAAACCCUGUGUGGAAUGAAGAGGUGACCUACAGGCUCCCAGACAACGUCAAACAUGUUCUGGAAAUCCAAAUGUACGCUGUGAGUUUCCUGAGGACCAUCCUGCUGUGCACAAUCUGGCUCGACAGUCACUUCACGGGGAACCCGAUGUCCAAACCUGGUGCAGAGAAAAAAUCCAAACUGCUGAUGGACAUCGAAUGGUCUGAUGAAGAUGAAGCUGGAGUCGUUGGAUACCACUCCAAUGGGAUUGUUGUGGCUGCUCCACUCGCUGAUUUGGAUGUUAACCUUGAGAAGCCGCUUCAAAGAAGGAAUGUUAAAGACAAGUUGCUGAACAUAAAUGGAUCCUAUCAGGAGUCUCAGACACUGCGUUUAAAGGAACCUCAAAAACUGCGUUUCUACAUCAACAGAAACUUGGAGACAGACCUGGAAGUCCAAGAACGUCGUAAGAGUCUAAGGAAGGUUCUGCGCUGGUAUCUCAGACCUGUGAAGUGGACGGUCAGAGGCGUGUUGUUCAUUCCAGUUGCCGUUUGGAUUCUUCUCAAAUGUGUGCUUAUGUGCCCUGCACUCGCUUUGUGGAGGUUUCUCAUAAAUCUGUUUCGAGGACAAUACAGUCUAGCUGGUUUUUGGAACGGUUUCAAAUAUGUGGUUUUCCUCCGCUUCCUUGGACCCCCAGUGAGGAUGUCUCUCACAGUCGUGGUUUCCCUGAUACGGCUUGGAUACAAGUUGUGGAAAGAACCAAACUACUGGGUUUUAGUCAAAUACAUUGGAGCUAUGUUGUGGCAUUCAGUGAAAUCCCUGGCUAAGAGAGAUGAAUCAGACACUCACGUUACUAAGACGUUGGCGUCCAUUCAGCUGGAUCCACUUUCUGGAAAUCAGAAGGAGAAGGUUUCCCUCAAAAUUGGAAAGGACAUGGUUGAUCUAGACCUGGAAACAAAUGAACGUGAGGAGGAAGAACUCGAUGUUCGCAUGGAGUUUGAUAUUCCGCAUGAAGAGAAAGAGUUUCUGAAGAAGAGGAAAGUUGUGGUGGCACAAUCUCUACAGAAACUUCUAGGCCUCAAGUGUCCACUUAAACCUGAUCAGGUCCCGACUAUAGCUGUGGUGGCUUCAGGAGGAGGAGCCAGGGCCAUGACAGGUCUGCUCGGCGGUUUAAAGGGGCUUCAGGACAUGGGAGUCCUCGAUACUGUCAGUUACAUCACUGGAGUUUCUGGAUCCACCUGGACUAUGUCUUCUCUGUACAGAGACCCAAACUGGUCAAAGCAGAGCUUAGAGAAGUUCAUUAAUGAUGAAAAAGUACAGAUGACAAAGAAACUCUCAAGUGCCUUCUCUGAAGAGAAGACUAAGUAUUAUAUGAAACAAAUGGAAGAGAAAAGGAAAGCUGGGUACAUGCAGUCAUUCAGUGACCUGUCGGGCCUGAUCAUCGAACAUCUCAUCUUCGGGAAGGAAACAACCUACAAACUGUCUGACCAGAAGGAAGCAGUGGCUGAAGGUCAAAAUCCUUUACCAAUAUACACUGCCGUCAAUAAGAAAGAGGACGUAAUGGAGGGGGAACAGAGAUCUGAAUCUGAGUGGUGUGAGUUCACCCCCUAUGAGGUCGGACUCCUGAAAUACGGUGCCUUUGUCCAAACUGAAGACUUUGGAAGUCACUUCUUUCUUGGUCACCGUAUUAAGAAACUCCCAGAACUCCGCAUCCCCUAUCUGAUCGGGAUGUGGAGCAGUGCAUUUUCUCUCAGUGUGAGUGAGUUGUUGGAUUUUGUGAUUGGUCCUCGAUCGAAGUCUUCCAAAUCAGAGAAUGACAGUGAAGAGACUCCAACAGCUCAGAAAUGCAAGAAAGAUAAAGAGAAAAAAGACUCCUCUUCUUCAGGACUAAUAGUCAAGCGUCCAGUCUCCAAAAUGACCUCAUUUGUGCAUCGUCUGUUCGGUAAACGUCCACUCGUCACUGAAAUUUACAACUACAUGCACGGUGUCUUCAUGCACAAGAACUACGACAAAGACCCCAGAUUUCUGGCUUGGAAAGGUCAACAAGACCAGACGGACAGUACUCAACAAGAAGAGAGUCAAGCAUUAGGGCUGAGUAAAGAGAGACACCCUGACUCCUACCCCAACGAGCUGACGCCCAGCGACUCCACCCUGCAACUGGUGGAUGCUGGUCUGGCCAUCAACAUCGGCUGUGCACCGAUUCUACGGACAGAGAGGAAGGCCGACCUCAUCAUCGUCCUCAGCUACUCAUGGGACAUAGACCCACUUGCGGUGGUGAAACUCACAUCCAGUUACUGUAAAUCCCAUGAAAUCCCCUUCCCCAACGUGGACGGAACUCUGCCAAAGCAGGAGGCGUACGUCUUUAAGGAUGAGGACCAGGCUGAAGCCCCUAUCGUCAUCCAUUUCCCACUCGUCAAUGUCACCUUCAGACAUUUCAAAUCACCAGGUGAGAUACGUAGAACGCCAGAGGAGAUAAAAGCUGGCAGACUGGACGCCAACAAAUACAGAACCAGGUACCUGGUCUACGACAAGAAGCACUUCGAGUCUUUGGUCGACCUGACGCAUUACAACGUCAUCAACAACCACGAGAUGAUGCUGAACGUCCUCAAAGACGCCGUCCGCAGGAAGAUGGAGAAAACAAAUGCACAUUAACUGGGUUCAUCAACGCCUCGGUUCAUUUAAAUGGAUAUAAUAAUAAUAAUAAUAAUAAUAAUAAUAAUAAUAAUAAUAAUAAUAAUAAUAACAAUAAUAAUAAUAAUAAUAAUAAUAGUAAUGCAUUUUACUUCCUCCGCCAAGGAACAGCGGAGGUUC